CACGCAGUAGUAGUAGUAGUGACCGGUAUAGCGCAUUUAAGCUCUGGUUGUGUCGGGGCAAAUCAGAUUACUGUGGAGGUAAACUGGAUUCUGACGUAAAGGGUUUAAACCCCGGCAGAGCAGCAUCGCUUGUGCGGCUGCUCAGUCAGCAGCAGUCGGUGAGGAGAGGAGAGCAGCUCGUGCCACUUCCAGUCAACAAACCCUCCUCCCUCUCUCUCUCUCUCUCUGUCUCUCUCUCAGGACCUGAGCAUGACUUCUCAGAUACUUUUCUGCGACUGAACAGGACGGGCGACCGCCGGUAACAUGGCUUCCUAUCUGCAGAUCGCUGAUGACGAGAAAGGCCACGAGCUGGACCUUUUCUGCGUCCCUAGACAUUAUGAGAACGAUUUGGACAAGGUGAUCAUCCCCCAUGGGCUCAUCAUGGACAGGACAGAGCGUCUGGCCCGCGACAUAAUCCGGGAUAUGGGGGGACACCACAUCGUCGCUCUGUGUGUGCUAAAAGGAGGCUAUAAGUUCUUCGCAGACCUCCUGGACUACAUUAAAGCACUGAACCAGAACAGUGAUAAAUCAGUCCCCCUGACAGUGGAUUUCAUUAGGGUGAAGAGCUACUGUAAUGACAAGUCAACAAACAAUGUCAAAGUCAUAGGAGGGGAUGAGCUAUCCAGUCUCUCAGGCAAGAAUGUUUUGAUUGUAGAGGAUAUCGUGGAGACGGGGAGGACGAUGCAGACGCUGCUUUCCCUGCUGAAUGAAUGCAAUCCCAAGAUGGUUAAAGUUGUAAGCCUUCUGGUGAAGAGGACCCCAAGGAGUUCAGGGUACAGACCAGACUACAUUGGUUUCGAGGUGCCAGACGCCUUUCUGGUGGGUUACGCUUUGGACUACAAUGAGUACUUCAGAGAUCUCAGUCACAUCUGUAUACUGAAUGAUCAAGCCAAGGAGAAGUAUAAAGUGUGAGCAGAUGAAGAGCUGCAGAGGCACUGACUGAAAUCAACGAAGACUAGAACCACUGUGAUGCCCCCCUAGCUUUGCUGUGUUUUGAAUCUUAUUUAUUUUUCUACAUAAGAAAUCCACAAGAUGUGACCUGUGGGUUGUAAAUAACUUCAAGAACAUUUCAUUUCUCCCCUACUGAAAAUGUGGGAUCAAUUAUGUAUAUUAUGAGUAUUUUGGUUAUUGCAUUUUAAUUUAAUAAUUUAUGUGUAUAGACUUUACCUGUGAAUUGCAUUUUUAUCUUGGAGAUAGAGAGAAGAAUUACAUUUAUUUGUUCAAAUUCCGUGUUUCAGGCUACUGUUUUAGGUUAAGUGAGCUGUCAGUCAAAUUUAAGUAGCCUUCAGUUUAUGUUUAUGUUUCAACUUGAAAUGCAGAUAUAUCCUCUCAUUAUGCCAUAAAAUGACUGACUUGGAAUGUACUGUAUGUUUUAUUUCACGUCUGAUGUUUUCAUCAAGGACCUAUUUACAGCAAUAUAAAUCUUGUUGAACCAUGAA